GCUCGGCGCUCAGUUCGAGUCGGACCUCCGCCGUAGACGUUUCGUCGCUUGUCCGUCUCACUUGUCGUGUCGUAUCAUUAACAAAACUAAACUCUACUCCCUUUCCCUAUAGUUGUUAUAUAUACUCUAUACCAGAGAGUGUCCUGCAGUGCGCGCGCGGCAACGAUAAACUGUGUAUCCGUUUAAUUAAAUAAUAAUCUACUGUAAAUUUAAAUAUAUUUUAAAGUGUGGGAGGGAACCGAUCAGCUUGUGGAUUAAGUAAAUAAAUAAAUAAUAAUCAUAGUGAUUAUUAUUAUUGAUAUUUGAGAAUAAAGUCUGUCCUCGUGAAUGGUGGGUGUCUUGAGUCUGUACAAUAGUGGGCUGUCAAUAAAGUAUAUUUGGGCAGGUUUAUGUUUUUAAAAGUUAAGUAAAGUGCAGUGAAGUGAAAAAGAGUUUUUAAAUAUUUAAAUAUUGAGAGAAGAGAUAGAGAAGAGUUAUACGUUGAGUAUUAGCACGUAGAGCACACCUGUGUGCUCCUCCGCCUCCCCCAAGUGGGAAUAAUCGUGUGGUGAAAAGUAGGUUACCCCCAGUGCGUGUCCUUGACGAGUGCCCGAUACAAUAUACACACAACACACACGGUAUUAAAACCGCGCUGCUCUGGUACUCGCAUCGGACGGCCCAGUUUUAACAACCGACGCGCACUUUUACGUAACUACGUGGCUCCACGCCGUUAUAACAUUUUUUAAGUUAACUACAGCCACAAGUUUUCAGUCAGCUCUAAAAUCUACUCAUCUCUUUUCAAAAUUUAAAUCAACAUCUUGUCUGGUUAUUACACUCGUGCUUCGUUUUAUUGUUGUUUACUUAAAUUUUAAAAUUCACCCAUACACAGCAGUGAAAAAGUUUUAAGUUUUUCCUGGAACUGAGUUUAAAAGUUUUAGCUCUCGUCUACCGGCGGGAUAUUUAACUCAGAUAUUUCGUCCUCUCAAUAACUCGGAACGAGUAAUUUUAUUUAUAAAGUGAUUUUAAGUGACGGUGAAAGGUGCUAGUGUGUAUUAAUUAUUUAAAAAUGAAUCGUGAGGAUAUCAGUGAAAGCGAGGAGGAAUAAAUAAAUAUAUAUGUAUAUUAAUAUAUGUGUUGUGAUUAAAAGAAUUUUUAGUGAGAUUAGUGUCCAGUUGAUACGUGUCCCGUAGUAACUGAGCUAAACGACUGACAACGAAGUUCCACGAAUAAUAUUCCCCGUAUCUUUAUCACUCAUAUGUAUAUUUAUUAGUGUGUGCAAAGUUGAUCCUCAACUUGUGUACUCUUUAUCAUUAGCUACUUGUACAACAGCUUCUGGUGCUCUCUGUUGCCUUGUGUUUCUCUCAUACUCACAUCCUCAUCUUUCUCAUAUAUUUAUUAUAUAUAACACGCAUUAUAAAACGUCAUAAGUGUACACAUAGUAUGGAUGUAGCAAUAAUAAUAAUAAAAAUGUAUUUGUAUUUGUAUAUAUAUUUAUGUGACAGUGUUAUUUGUCAGUGAUUCAACGAGCAAGUGAUAAUAAAGUGUACCCGUGCCAAUCUGCCCCUGUGGAUUUAUUAUUGGAUAUAUUAACACAUCACCGACUUGACGAAACGGAAGAGUGCCGUUUACUUGCUCUAACUAUCCUCGAGUAUCAUUUAUGUAAGUUCAAGAGAACUCGGUCAUUUAAAAGAAGAGAUGAGAGACUACUCAACUCCCUGGCGUCUUCUUAGCAUUUGAUUCUUCAAGUUUGACCGACUUUGGUGGGCACGUGGGACAGAAUGCAGAGACGUGGCCGAAGUAGUUCGGAAGUGGAGGUUGCGCAAAUGCGCCCCAUAAGUACGGCUGGCUAAUAGACACUGGCACAGCCCAAGCCCGCCCCCGACACCCCGCAGCCAGACACCAGAUCCGUGAGUCGGCGUGACAUGGAUGUGAGUUUCACGAACGUGUUAGAGGGGGCUCGCCAGUACUUUCAGGGACUGCCCGCGCCAAGUACAACAACAGUACCACCGUCAUCCUCAUCGUCGUCAUCGUUGUCGUCAUCAUCGGGUCAAAAUAACGAGAGUAAUGGCUAUACGAGCCAACAGCAUUCUAAAACGACCUCGAGUGAUUCAAGGUACGACGAGAAUAAAUCAACAAUCGGGACGGAUAAUAGGGACACUGAUUCGUACUGGAGUUCAUCAGCAAAUCCAAAUGAGUUACGGUCAAUUGUCGAGCCGUAUCCACCUCAACCGACGCGUGUCGAGGUACCAGACACGAGGCCCGACGACGGGGGACCCGAGCGCACAGCCAGUCCCAAUACAAGUUUAACGGAAAUGCAACCACCAAGUAGGCCUCAAUCGCAAAAUAUUAUUGCCGCAAGUCCGUCCCCUCAAUUACACCAACUUGAGCCACCACUUAAACCACCACAUUCACCGCCUGUCUAUCAGCAGCUCAAUACUGUACCGAGAUCCUCGUCGUAUCGGGCCUCUGAGAUGUUUAAUUCACACUCGAAUUAUCAUCACAAUCAUAAUCAUCAUCACCAGUCACCUACUACUACUGGUGGUGAACGUCCGCCUUCCGCUCCGAUAGCUGCUGUCGCCGCCGCAGCAGCAGUAGCACAACGGACACAAUAUUAUCCACGUUAUCAUCAUCCGGAUAUUACUAAAAGUGCUCCAGCCCCUUUCUCGCAGAGCAGUAUUUAUCAAUCGCCACAAACGGCUACUUCUACGCCUUCAGUGGCUCCAAUUCAACAGCAACAACAACAACCACCACAGCAACAACAACAACAACAACAACAACAUCAACGACCGCCGCAAAGUAAUGCUGAUACGGAUCAUCAUAGACUUCAAGAUCAACAGCAGCAUCAAGCGUCUAAUUAUUCAACGUAUCAAGGAACAAACAAUCGCGACCAGUCAAACCGUCCAGGACUGCCACAAAAUUCUCACAACCAGCCGUCAUCAUUACAUCAUCCAUUGGAUGGUACGCAUUCCGUUAUAGCGGCCUCCUCAAAUCCUUGCAGUCCACGAAACGGCAGUCAAAGUCACAUUCCUUCCUCACACAAUCAUCCGGGGCACAUACCGUCUCCGCAUUUGCCAGUGGCUUCGGUUCCACCGCCUCCGUCUCUGUCCUCCGCACACGCGGCGCCUCAUCAUCAUCAACACCAACACCAACAACAACAACAGCAGCAACAACAACACCUGCAAAACCAACACCCUAGUCGAAUGAGCACGUCAUCCCAUAUCACCUCAAACUCCUAUCCCCGAGUGACAAAUCCCUAUCCGUCUACUCAUCCUCCUUCGUCUCACAAUUCAAUGGUAAAUCAACAACAAAUGCUACCACCCUCGUCAUCAUCCACAUCAUCAUCGUCGUCGUCGUCGUCAACAACAUCGAAUUAUCAUACAGCAACGGCGGCUUCACCUCACGAAUCGAAUCAUCAUGCCAGUCCAUCACCACAGCGACAAUCACCGCACGUUACAGUUGUGCACAACCCACACAACGCCAUUUCCCCUCACCAUACAACUCCCUCACCCCAUCACCACACCCCCUCACCCCAUCAUCAUACUCCCUCUCCUCACCAUCAUAAUACCACACCCUCGCCCCACAAUACCGGCAACUUUCAGCCUCAUUCGCCAACCUAUCCACCCCCGCCGCUACCAACACGCUCACCAGCUCAUCCGUACGGACUUACAGCCGUGUCGCAGCAACAUCAUCGACCGCCUUCAGCCAAUUAUCCUGCCAGCGCUUAUUCGCCGCAUCAGCAGCAGCAGCAGCAUCAGUCUUCGUAUCAUUCCUAUCAGAAGAAUUCACAGAGCGGCGUUUAUUCUCAAUCAACAUCGCGAUCCCAGCACCAACAGCAACAUCACCAGCAGCAGCAGCAGCAACAACAACAGUAUGCUCAACAAUCGUUGAAUCAACCUCCACCACCUCCUCUGCCACCAGCAUCGACGAGCUCUACCGGCAAUCAUGUAAAUGGCGUUUCGCCUUAUCUAACAUCGCCCAAUAAAUCAGCUGGUGUUUACAAUGGUGGUACUAUUGAUCCAAAACGAAAUAUUACGAUUCCAGCUAAUCAAAUUACAUCUUAUAAUAAUAAUAAUAGUAAUUCAUACCGUAUGCCGGCAGUGGUUCAGCGAAAUACCAACACGCACAAUUUACCCAUUGCUGCGGUAUCGUCUUACCACUCAAAUAGAAACUCGAGAGAAGCUAUUGGUAAAGCUCAAACUAUUUCACGACAACGUGCACCCAUGAUUGUACCGAGUAGUAGUAGUAGUAUUAAUAAUAAUAAUAAAAAUACCAUUAGUAGCGGCAGUGGAAACAGUUCAGUAUCACAGUCGACGGCACAUUCUCCCAGAGGAGUACCUACGUCAGACUAUCAAUUAAACUCGUCAUCAAGCGUCAUUCAUUCGGCUACUACCACAAGCUCCAAUUAUAAUAAUAAUAAUAAUAAUAAUAUAAAUACGUCAUACAGUGGAUCAAGUUACAGGAAUUACGCGACAACUGUAGCACCGAGUCACCAUGGGAAUUCUAGCACAACAGUUACAUCAAUUGGUGUGCCAGAUCGUUCUUCAGCGCCGUCCGCCGUUACAACAGUACACGCACGUCCGUCUUCCGAUCCAACAUCAAGAACCACUGGUGCUUACCAUCAUCCACCAUCGUCUUCAUCGUCAGCAUCAGCCUCAUCGUCAGUUUCUAAUACGACUGAUAAUUAUACUUACAAAGAAUACUCGUAUGGAAAUUCAUUGCCACCGACAAGCAGCCAAUCGGCAGUGAGUGGGAUAAGAUCAACACCACCACCAAGCUCGCUUCAAGUAAACGGAUUACCUCUGCGGAAACGCGAAUCACCACUCGACUUAUCUGUCAAGACUAUAAAAACAUCAGCGGACUCGACUGCCCGCGAUGACUUGGAUAAUGGCUCCGCGGACAAGCAAGUUAGCAGUUCAAGUAGCAGCAGUAAUUCGAGAACCACUGUUGGUAGAAAUAACAUGCUCCCACCACCAGUUCAACCAGCCGGAGUAACUCCUUACGUUACGUAUGACUCGAGAAGAAACCCCGUUGCUUCGAGUUUACGGCCGUCGACCCCACAAAUGCCUGUUUGUGCGCCCAAAGUCGACUUUCUUCCCAACUUUAACUCCGCGCCGCUGCAACGUCAUCAUCAUCAUCAUCAGCCACUACCGCUACCAUCUCAACAGCUAAGUCAACAACAAUCUAAUCACAUGAUGGAAAGUCCAAUGCGUCGCAGCUCAUCUCAACAGCAGUUGUACGUACCGCAACCAUCUCAGCACUCAAAUUCUGUGCCCUUACCUCACAUGUCAACUUUUAAGAAGACUUCACUGCCCACCGGUACUCCAUUGUACGACAACAAAGGACCCUUAACAUCAUCUUAUUCAACGAUUAACAGCGACUCAUCAAAUAGUUCACGCUCGUCAUUCAGUAGAUACACUGCAACAGCCGAUCCAGCCAGACCACCGGCAUUGCCGGUUCAUGAUUACCCGCCGUCCGAUAAUAAGUAUUAUAUGGAUAGUAGAAAUAAACAGCAACAACAUCCUCACCAACCUUCUUAUCAUCAUCCACAUCCACAUUCACAUCCACAUCCACACUCACACUCACAUCCUCACUCUCAUCCCCACGGGCCUCCUCCUCAUCAUCAUUAUCCGUCGAGUGUACCGUCGGCGACACGUGAUCGAGUUGCUGCAAAACGUCCCGGCGAAUCGAUGUCGAUGGGUGGCAGUGAAACUGGCGCAAGCGAGGCCAAACAGCCGCGUCCGGAAAAUUGGAAAAUGAUUAUUGACAAAGAGUUGCAACAAAAGCUAGAGAAAGCACGUAUACUGCACGAGCAACAGAAAAGACAUGAUGCGACCUUGCCGCGGGCGAUGCCAAAUGGAACACUGGUGGCGCCGUCUUCUUUUAACCAAAGGGACAAUCCUGUUUGUCCGGCACCACCAAAGAAACACCCGGCUUUCUGUGAUAAACGGACUUACACUGAGUCCACUAAACUCCCAAGAGAUUCAAAUGCUAUACCCUACAGCAGUAAUAGUAACAACAAUAACAACAGUACAAUGUCUCCUCAUUCGGGUGAAAAGUCGUCUCAUAUGAGCGCGGCUCAGUCCUCGGGGCAACCGACAGCUAGUCAAACGGCUUAUCCUUCUACUGGUUAUCCGCGUCAGGGUCUGAAAUCACCUUACCUCAAUCUAUCACCGCAAUCGCUGGAUCAACCUACGAGUAAUACCGGCGCAGACAAACGGGUACUCAGCUUAUUGAGAAAUAGCCUUGAGAAUAAACAACAGCGAGAGGAACAGCUCAAUAACAGUCAGCAGCCUAUUCUGGUUAAUCAUAGCCAACAAAGUUUUCAAAACAAGGUUGUGGCACCGGUUGAACCCAAAACAAACAUAGGCAGACAUAAUCUAUCGCCGUUUACAGCAGCAAGUUUACUCGAGCGUAAUAGCAAUACACCGCCGCAUUAUAAGUUCCAUGUGCCAAGGGCAGUAGACUCAAUCACUCAAGAAACUCCCCGCAGCUUGUACGCUUCGAGAGUUAAUUCAUCGGCUACUUUACCCGCGGGUAAAGAGGCACUUUUGGGUCCCAGAGAACUUGAAAAUCAAAUUCACAAGGACGAUAGCCUUGCAGCUAUGAUUGCUGCUAAAAUUCGCACCAAAGCUGAAUUAAAGCAGGUUGGAACUGGUCAGUUUGCAUCAAAACCGGUGUUACUAUCUCAAGAUACAACACCUAAUGAUUACGAACGUGUGGCAUCGACAUCAACGCCCCAAUCGGUUGCUUCAUCAGCAGGUAGUCCGCCAAAAUUAACGUGUGAAAAAACAGCAUGUUUACCAUCCCGACGUCGUCUUUUUUCACGAUCAGACGACGAUAAUAUGCCCGUAGCUGCAACAAUACCUGCAGCACAGGCCGCGGCGACACCAGCACCAAUUAAAGCAACAGCAUCCGCGGCAACGGUCGCAUCACGUGCCAGUGGGUUCCGCAGCUCGAGUGAAACUUCGGUAUUUGAUUUUCGAGAAAGCGAUUCGGAAGGUGAAAUGCCGGUACUUGAGCGUCAAACACUCGAGGAAAUGCGUCGCGAUCGUAAGCAAUUGUCUAAAGUGCAACCUCCGGUUUCACUUGACGAUGCGAUGUGUAUUGGCAUGACCUCAUCCGACGAUCUUGUUAAAAUAGAAUUAAAGGAAAACGAUAAUGUAGCUGAGAUGGAUCCAUUUUGGUCGGCAACCUGUGAUAAAUUUAUUGAACAAUUACGUAGUGGUGGCAGUACUGAUACAACUGUUGUUAAAAAACGCGGUAGGAAAAGAAAAAUUGGUGAUACUUCUACUACAGCUAAUAAUUCAGCCAGCAAAACUACAGUAAAUAGUAAUAUUAGUACUGGUACUAGUAAAACUAUUGGUGAUCGUAAAGAGGAAAAUAAAGUUCCGACUACUGUUACGUCAACAGUGGCUGUAAUAAAACCUGAGGACAUCAAGAAAGAGAUUAAUGACGAUGAAACGACAGCUACUUCUACUACUACUACCACUAGUACUAGUAGUAGUACUAUUACUACAUCUACGACGACGACGACGACGGCAUCGACAACGAUGACGACGACGACGACGGCUAAGGCUACAAAGAAUAGUACGUUGAAAAACGAAAACAACGAUGUAGAAACGAAAAAUAAAAUAAAUGCUGAGUCAGUAAAGGCGGUUGCUGGUAAAAUCGAUAGUUUGGAUACGGUUACAAAAUCAAGAUCAGAGGUUAAAAUUAAAAAGGAUAAAAAAGAUAAAAAAGAAAGUCCAUCUAAAACAGGAGCAGCAGCAGUAGCAGUAACAAAGGUUGUGAAUGAAAGAGAUUGUAAUAAUACGGAUGAUGAUGAGUCUGUCGAGCUGCCGAUCGUAAAACGUAAGACACGAAAAAAGACGUCCAAUAAAAAAGAGGAUAGUGAUUGUGAUGAAGAAAUAGUUACGAAAAAACGUCAAGUAAGACGGGGUAGUAGGAUUAAAUUAGAAUCAUCGAGCGCGAGUGAGUCGUCGAGUGACGAAGGCGGAGAAGGGGAAGGAGAAGAAGUGGAAGCAGAAGCAGAAGCUGAUGAAGAGGAGGAGGACGAUGAUGAUGAUGAUGAAGAAGAAGAAGAGGAUGAAGAGGAGGAAGAGAGUGACGCAAGUACGGAGUUUGGCCGUGGAUCUACUGUAGCACAGAGACUAAGACCUCGUAAACGUGCUGGUAAAGGUUCUGCCGGCGGUGCUUCUGCCUCAGUUGCUGACGGUAUGAAAUUACGUCCACGUGAGACUAAAAUAAAGGAGGAAAAACCACAGAAAGCGACUAAAAAUAAUGUAUCACAUAAAUCGAAACCGAAACCAUUGUUUGGUGAUGGGAGCGAUUUUCGUCCUGGGUGGGAAGAAGAAGUGUUUAUUUAUAAAAAAUCACUGCGGAUGCCAGCGCGUUUGAUAAGCGUAUCAAAACCCUCACGUUUUCAUCGUUUGUCAACGUCAUUACCUGAUUUAGAUCCCGAUUCGCCGGCACUGUCUGCUCUGUCAAUGGACAGUGCAGAUGUUUGUUUACUACGUAAACGUACAACAAUCCAAGCAGCGACCGCCGCAGACAGUGAUGUCGAUUCAAAUUAUAGCUUUAGUAUCAGCGGUUUAGGUCUAGGUCUUGGCGGCGGUAGCAAAGUUGUUGAUGAUGAGGAAGCCACAUCAUCAACAACAGUAUCGUGUCCGCCUAAAACAACAACUGCAACGACAACAACCCGGCAAACAAGGUCUGAAUCAAAUUCAAUAAUUGAUUUACUGGCGCGUAAAGUCGGUGGAAAUGGUAAGAAAGACGGUAGGAAAAAAUGUAAAGAUAAGUUUGAGAAAAGCUUGAGCAGUAGUAAAAUAUUGCCCAAGGGCAGUAAUGAACCAGAAUUGCUGGCAACUCCUAGCUUUACUCCCCUCAUAACUGGUGCAACAGCUAAUGAUAAUAAUUCAACCGGUAAUUCAAAAGUUAAAGGGAAUAAUAGUAAAACACCGACUAAAAAUAAUAGCAGUAAAUUGUUGAAACAAAUUGACGCGACAAAUGAAUCAUCCUCAUCAUCUUCAUAUUUGUUGGGUUACUUUCGUAAAGAGACUGUUAAUAAUUUUCGCGACACGUUUAAAAAUAAUUAUGCACUGCCGAAUGAAUUUUCAACUUUUAUUUUAAAGAGUCGCACUCGUACUGAAACUAGAGUUAUGAAAAAACAGGCAACUAUCAGAGAAGUAUUUGGCGAAGAUCGUCCGGCAUCUGCACCGCCUAUGCAAAAUCAUGCUGGCGAUACCUCCCAGGAUGACGACUCACAAACAGAUGAAAUUAAAGAAAGUACUCUUGAUAAUUGUAAUAGUAACAGUAGUAGUAAUAAAAGUAAAUUAUUUAAGCAAAAGGUUGUUAAUAGAUUACGUAAUGCUGGAAUAUUGAGAAGUAAUAAGGCUGUUAUUAAUUCAAAACGUCAUUUACUGACGGUACAGAGACGUAAGGUUCUCAUGAACAAAUCAGUCGAUGAUGACGACGACGAAGAUGAUAACGUUAAUGUAAAUAAAAGUAAGAAUAGUAAAUUAACGAAGAAUAAUAGUAACAGCGGUAGUGCUGAAGGCGGUAUUAAAAUAAAGAAAGAAAUUAAGAAGGAAGAGGAUGAGGAAGUCGACGUUGCGCCGGCUGAUGAUGACGAGGAAGAUGACGAGCAAGAUGAAGAUGAAACGGAGGAUAUUCAAGAGCCUGAUAAUGAUAACAAUGACGGUACUGAGAUAUUGGGUAAAAAGAAACUUAAAUUACGCACUGGACGACGGAAAUUCCGCUCUGGCUUUGACUAUAUUCGUAAAAAGAAAAAACCGAUAAAGAAAGAUGAAACUGCUACCAAAGAACGUAAAAAACCGGCGAUAUCAAGACCGAAUGCUGAGUGUGUCGCGGAUAUUCAAAACGAAAUUAGGACAUGGGUUAUCAAGAAAGGAGUUGGAGAAACUAUUCUACAUCGAGCUGCUCGACUGGGUUAUACUGAUGUUGCCGCUUAUUGUUUAGAAAAAUUGAGUAGUGCACCUAGUCCAAAAGAUAAUGCAGGAUACACUCCACUCCACGAAGCAUGUUCCCGCGGUCACUUGGAAAUCGCAAAACUAUUAUUAGCAUAUGGAGCUAACGUCAGUGAGAGCGCUAACGGCGGAAUAAGGCCUCUUCACGAAGCCGCCGAAAAUGGUGCUACUGAAUUAGUAAGGCUACUAUUGUCGUAUGGUGCUGAUCCAUUAUUGGCAACUUAUGCCGGACAAACACCGUUAAUGUUGGCCGAUGCAGACGCUCAUGCUAUUCUCGAACAACAUUUGGACGAUGUUCAAGGCCGUUCGACCGUACCGUGGAGUUUUGGCGGCCCUUCAACCAUAUUCGAUCCCGAGGAGACUGGUUAUAAUCCAUUGGAAGAUCCCCCAAUAGAUUCAGCAGAAUCCGAGAUUGACGAAAUAGAAAUGGAAGUUAGUGACGUUAAUUUACCAGUCCUAUUUACAAUUGCAAAUGAUCCUGACAAAUGGGUACUACUGCAAGAUCUAAUGGCCGCAUCAAAAUUAAAAAGUCGCGAUGCAUUAUUGCGUCAAAUAAAUCCAAAAGCAACUGGACCACCGGCGAUAGCUCAUCGCAGUGUCAUGAGAGAAUUUAAAUUAACAGAUUUUCUCGAACAAUCACGCUGUUGUCAUUUAUUAAAUUCCGGUGAGCGCAUUAAUGUUCGCGGUUCUAAAGUAACCCUCAUUAAGUACAACGACAAAGUUAAAUCACUGUUGAAUGUCGAACGGGUUCUUAUUAACUUGAGGUGACAAGAGGAUAAUCUGAAGAGUUGCAUUAGUAAUAAUAUUAAUAAUAAUAGUAAUAAUAAUAGUGAUAGCUGUAGUAAUACGUCCGCAACUCUUCAGAUACCAUCAACAUCAAUUACCAAUAAUGAUAACAAUAAUAAAAAAACAAAUGAGAUUAAAUCUCCUUCCAAAGUAACGACAAAACGUGAACGUUUACGAAAAAAAUAAAAAAAUAUUAAUUGAAGUUUAUACUUCAGUUCAUUUUUUUGCUUUUUUUUUUUACUAAUUAAUAUAUUAAUUAACUCAGUUACACGUGAUAAAAUUUAUCUGAAUCUUUAAAAAUAAAAUGAAAAAAAAUUUCUAGUAAAUAAAAAUAAUUAUUUUAUUUCUAUUGAUUUUUUUUUGUUUAUAUUAAUGACUGAUAGUGCAAAUGGUGCAUAAAAAAAGUAAUAAAGGUGCAAUUUUGAUUCAGACGUUAAUUGAGUAAUUUAUUAAUUAGUAAAUAAAAAAUAAAAUAAAGCAGCGACCUGUGACAUUAUAUUAGAAUAUUUAUUGAAUAAAAAAAAUGUAAUUUUAAUUAAUUGAUAAAUAUUAUAAUAGAAAAUAAUAUAAAUAUAAAUUUAUAAAUAUAAUGCCUCGGCAGCUGAAUAAUUUUAAUUUAACGCUUUUUUAUUAGAUAUAUAAACUGCCGCUACGACAAUAUAGGGAAACUUGAGUCGUUAUAAAAAUAUAAAAAAGUUAAGUUAUAAAUAGACAUAACGUGAUUUAUCUUUUAAAUGAAUAUAAAUAUUAAUAAUUAUUAACAAAUAGUGACGUAAAUGGGGCAAUGUUAGUAAAUAAUAAUAAAAAGUUACUUAAUACUUAAAAUCACGUGGAGUAAAAACUUUUUGUUAACGUCUCACGUAAGCCAAUAAUUAUUUUAUCAAUGAGAUAUACUACUAUGAUAAAUAAAAUGUUACCAAUAAUUAUUAUUACUACUAUUUGUAAUUAUUUUUCGUGGAUACGGUUUAUAUUAGUUAUAUAUUGCAAAUGUAUAUAAUUUUUUUCCUUUUUUUUUUGGUGCAACGAGGCAUUUAACAGUUGGCAAGUGCAAUUUUACAAUUAUUAAAAAUGAAAUAAUAAUAAUAUGUAAUUAAUUUAUCACCAACUAUAAUUUUUUCUCUGUUUACAAUACUCUUUUAUAAUUAAAUUUCGUUAGUUUAUUCAUUUUUAAUUGUUACUGUAGUUUAAUUACCGUUUAUUUUAACUAAUUAUUGUCAUUUGUUAUUUUUAAUUAUUUGUAAUUAUUGAUUGUUUAUUUAGAUCGUGCAAUAGCGUAUUAAAUUGCUUGUAUUAAAACUAAAAAUUGAUUAAGUGUUAAUGAAUUUAUUGAUGCUCGUAUAAUUAACGUUUUUAAAUAAUUAAUUUGCAUUAUUUGCUGCGUUAUCGUUAAAAAAUUGACUUUAUUACAUUUAUUGAUAAUUAAAUCCUUCGGUAAAUUGAAUUAAAUUUUUAUGUACUUAUCGAUUUUUUUUGCAAUGAAAUUUAUGUUUAAGACUCCGUAUUUUUUUUUUGUAAAUUAAUAUAAUAGACAAAAAUGUUUUCAGUGUAAUUGUAUGAGUGAUUUGCAAGCUUAUCAAAGUUGUCGUAAAACUGUAAAUUUUUAUGUUACUGAAGUUAGCCGACGUCUAAUAAUUUUUGGAUUUUUUUUAAGCGAGAUAUUAUAAAAAAAAAAAUAUUUCAAAAAAUUGCACUUAUAGUCUUUUAAAUUUUCUACAUGUGCAUAUUGCACGACUCAUGAUGCGAAGCAUCAGAGAGUGCUUUACGAUCGAAAAAUUUCUCACUUCGGCAACUAUUUUUUUUAGUUUAUUUUUUUCUUCAAAUUUAAUUGGUCAAAAAAAAUCAAAAAAUUUUUAAUUGACUGCUAACUUCAGGAACGUUAAAUUUUUCAGACAAAAGUAAAUAAAUUAAAAUUUUCAAUCGUUAUAAUCAGUCUCAGGGAAAUCUUUAUGUAAAAAAAAAAUAAAAUAAAAAAAAAAAUGAAUUAAUUAUAAUUGUAAUAAACCAAUAGUUUAUACAUUGAUAAACUCGUAAAGAUAAUUAUUAACAACGCAAAUGAACGACGAAAAAAAAUAAUUAAAUGUCGACGUGGGUCUAUUGUGUAUGUAUUUUUUUUUUGUAAUUAAUUUAAUUGUAUAGUUAAUUAUAAUUAUAAUUAUCUUCCGAUAUUAAUAAAAAUAUAUAUAAGUAGAUAACAAUGCAGUACAUCAUGAGAUUUUUAUUAUUUAAUUGUGAAUUUAUUAGCUUACUGUAAAUAUCAAAAUAUUUUGCGAUUAAUUAAAUAAAUAAAAAUAAUAAACAUAAAUUAAAAAUAUAAUAAAAAUAAAACGUUCCAUUUAAAAUAAUAAAAAUUGAUAAAGUUUAAAUAAAUUGACAAAUUAUAAGAAUAUGUGUAUGUACUGUAUGUAUUUUUAAUUGUAAUUAUUAAUUUUACGCGUUAAUAUUAAUCAGCUAUUGUAGAAUUUAUUAUAAUUAAUUUAUAUAAUAAUAAUAAUUUUAAAUUGUAGUUAUAUGUGAUGCACUGAACAAAAUUUGCAGAGUUGCUAUUAUACUGUAAAUAUUAUUAUUAUAAAUAAUAAAUAAUAAAUAAAAAUAUUAUUAUUAAAUAAAAUAUAUUGACUAUCACGCGAUUAAUAAUUCGCUUUUUUAAUCUACUGUAAAGUAUCAUAGAUAUUGAUGUAAAUUUUUUCUUAGAAAUUAAUUGAUAAUUAAAUUUCCUGAUCUUUAUAGAACAGUCAGAUAAUUAUAAUUAUAAAUAAAUAAAUAAUAAUUAUAAUAACUAUACAAAAAAAAAAUAAAUAAUAAAUAAACUUCUAAAUGUGUUAAUGCUACUGCUUCAAAUAAAUAUAAAAAAUACAAUACAAAGGUAUUAUAUAUUACAAAAAAAAAAAAAUAUAACUAAAAGAAAAGUAAAAAUAGAAAUACAAAUAUAUAUACAUAUAUAUAUUUUAUUUCAUGAAUUUUGUUCAGAAGAAAAUAAAUAAAGUAAAUUAAUAAUAAAUGUAUUGAUGCAAAGAAACAAAUACAAAGUAGAGAUUUUCUGUGAUUUGUAAAAAAAGGAAAAAAUUAAAACAAAAUACAAUUGAA